GAUAGCUAUUCUGGACACAUUUAACUUUUGUUUCACAGAAAAAAAUGACACAGUUCUUAAGGGGGGCGUUUUCCCCCAGCCUACCCUAAUAAUAAUGUGUGUGAAUGUUUAUACAAUAUUAAAUUUUUUUUUUUUUUUUUUUUAAAGCACAUACUAUAGCAAUUACCAAUAAAGCCACAUUGAAUACUGAGAGAGAGAGAGAGAGAGAGAGAGAGAGAGAGCGCUUACAUAUGGUGUAAUUGAUGCAUAAUAGAUCGCGAUUACUAGAUGACAUGUAUCAAGCACUCAGUCUUGCAUCUCAUUUACACAACUGUCCACGUGCAUCGGAGAUUGCGCGCACACGGAGCCUAGUCAAUCCUGGUUCAAUGUCAGUAUGAGCACGAGUGCGCACCUGUGAAAGACAUUCAUCUGUCUCAUGAAGAGAAACAUCACAUUCCAGCGCGAGCCUUCUUGUGGAAUGCCUUCGUCUCAACACAUCACAGUAUGCUUUGUGGAAAAUGCUGGCAUGUACCACCAUGGUCAAGAUCUCCAAACACAAUGCUGUGAUGACGUGCAGCUCCUUUAAUGCACAUAGAUAGAAGCCGUCAGAUGAAUAAGAAGCACUUCUACAGGCAUGGAUACAAACCACACAUAUGGAUCUACCCCUGCAGAUGGGAACAGCAAAAACACAUGGGACAUGAUUCUUCUCUCCCUCACGCUUUCGUUUCUGGCCAUACUGACUACGGCGAUGAACUGCUUGGUCAUCACAGCCAUCAUCGUCACACGCAAGCUGCACCACCCCGCAAACUAUCUCAUCUGCUCUUUAGCUGUGACAGACCUUUUGGUGGCCAUUUUAGUCAUGCCCUUUAGCAUUGUCUACAUAGUAAAGGAGACGUGGGAAAUCGGUCAAGUCAUGUGCAACAUCUGGUUAAGCGUGGACAUAACCUGCUGCACAUGCUCCAUUCUGCACCUGGCAGCCAUCGCUGUGGACCGUUACCGCUCCAUCACAGACGCCGUGGAGUACUCGAGAAAGAGGACAUCUCUACGGGCCGCCAUCAUGAUCAGCAUAGUGUGGCUCCUCGCUAUAGUCGUCUCUCUGCCGCCAAUGCUGUUGAGACAACAAGACGAGGAAAAUCACUGCAUCAUUAAGCACGACAUCGUCUUUACGAUUUACUCCACAUUUGGGGCUUUUUACAUCCCGCUAACACUCAUUCUCAUUCUCUACUACAAGAUCUACCAAGCAGCAAAGACUCUUUACCAAAGGAGAGAGGCCAGUUGCCUCAAGCCAGAGAUGAACGGACAAACGCUUCCCAAGUGCAGCGACAGGGAGCCGACAACCCCGGACACCCUGAGCCCUCCAGAGAAAUCAGUGUCUGAACCCUCCACCGAAGGUGACAGAGUGCGCAUUGCCACAAAAAGUCCAAAGUCUCAGUCUUGCAGACAGCGGUCUGUCAGGAGGCAUCGCAUCUCGAGUACGCGUGAAAAGAAGGCCGCCACCACUCUCGGACUCAUUCUAGGGGCUUUUGUCAUCUGCUGGCUGCCGUUCUUUAUCCAUGAGGUGAUUGUUAAUGUCUGUAAGUCCUGCGCUCGCUCUCUUGAAAUGACCAACUUUCUGACUUGGCUGGGAUAUCUGAACUCUCUCAUCAACCCCCUGAUUUACACCAUCUUUAAUGAAGAUUUCAAAAGGGCUUUUCAGAAGUUAAUCAAGUGCAAGAAUUGUUUCUAACACCAAUGAAGGAUUUACGUCAAGUGAGCUCAAACUAUUACACUCAAAAAAUAACUGAAUUAAAUUGAGGAAUUUUUAUGUGCAAUUAAAUUUUGUCUUUUAAAUUAAAUAUAUUUUGUUUGUUGUUGUUGAGACAAUGAGGCCUUGUUUACACCUGGUAUUAAGAUGCAUGUUUUGGUCAAUCGGAUCACAAGUGGACGGCGCUAAAUACAGGUGUAAACGGGGUGUAAAACAUUUUGAGCUUGUCCACUUUCGACCAUUUCCAGAGGUAGUCGAAAACGCUUUAGACCGGAUUGCUUUCAUAGUGGAAACUCUCAUGUGGUCGAAUGUGUUUCGAACAGCCGCAAAAGACCGCCUACUGACCUAAUGCGUAAACAUUAUGGGAAGCACGCUAGCCAGAUGAGAUUUAAACUUUGUCAGCUAAAAACCCAAGUUUGGUUUAAAGACAAAAAAAUGUACCAAGCACAAUGUUCUCUCAGCAUUCCUGAUUUCUAACACGCACUCAGAGCGUUCGGUGUGGUGUUGCGGCUGUCAGAGCAGAAAGGAAAGCUGAUGCUCUCCAUAUGUUUUUCCGUCGUCUUCGUAUCGGUUCAUAUGUGAAUUCGAAAUAUCUGAAAAACCCAUACAUUUACCUGCCCAUAUACCCUCCCCUCGAAGAAAUUAGGAAAGAAGUGGUUGAAAGUGGACAAAAGAGACGGAUUAAAAUACCAGGUGGAAAUGGCUCUCACAUCCACUUGUGAUUCGACCAAAACACAUCUUAAUACCACAGGGCAACAGGGCCUCAUAUUAAGUCUCCAACAAUAACAACGAAAAAAUAGUUUGAAUGAAUUUGUUCUACACAGCAAAAUCCCCAGAGUUAAAUCAACUCUGCUCAGAGAACAUAUGGUCCUUCUCUACAUAGAGUUAAAAUAACACUGAAGCAGAGUUAAAGUUAAUGAGAUAAUAUGCUGUUUGUGGAGUUGUUUAAUCAGAUCUUGAGAGAUUUAAUCUUUUAUCUUCAGUUGAGUUCAUCUUAGGCUGUGGCUGGAAGUCAGUUGUAGUUCUUGUGUUUCUCUUCAGUGAUUCUGCUUGUUAACAGCAGGUGUUCAUCACUAAUGCUCAAUAAUCACUUAAUUAUCUCAGUAACUCUGCUUCAGUGUUACUUUAACACUAUAUAGAGAGGGACCAUAUAUACUCUGAGCAAAGCUGAUUUAACUCUGGGGAUUUUGCUGUUUAGUCUUGUCAUACAAGUCAUUUUGUUACUAGAUGCAAUGAAAAUGAACAUGCCUGGGGUGCAUUUCUCAAAAUCACUGUUAGCCAACUAUGGUUGCAAGUUCUGUCGUUACCAACAUAGUUGAAUGAUUUGGCUUUUCCCGAAACCAUAGUUCCAACAAACAUUCGCAAACAGCAUUGCAAACUUAAGUGGUUGGAGCUACAGCUCUCAAGCUGUGGUUAGAAGCAUAAGCCACCUUUCCACUGUCGGGCCAAACCGUUGCUUAACCAUUCUAUUCCGUGCCGAUCCGGCUCAGCUGUUAUAGAUAUGGUUUCAUUUUCCACUGUGGGGCUGAUAACAGAGCUUCUUUGGAAUGUAAUACAAAUGUGUCAGUCGUUGCCUUGUUAAAGCAAGAGUUUACAAACAGUAUGUGAUCUAAAUAGCAACCGCAUUAUGGAGGAUAGUCAGAUAUUUCUUUUUAGUUUUAUUAAACUUGUGUCUACUUCAUUCAAAUAGCGAGCUUGGCCAGCUACAGAGAAGCUGGCAAUCAGUCAACGGACAAGUGGCCAAUCCUGAGUGGCAACAUCACUACACGCACUCUGCUAGCACGGUUAGCCAACCAUGCUGAGAACUCCAGGCCAAGAAUGGUUUGUAAUCAUGCUGUGCCAAAACCAAGCUCAAGUGGAAAUAUAACUAGAACCAUUCCUUAACAAUUCAGUUUCUUAGAACCGAUUAAAAAUGAAUGGCUUUAAUUCUGUCGUUUGUGUAAAUUAACUAUAAUAUAACAUUAAUUCCGAUC